AUGGAUUGCACCCAUCCCAUGGAAGAUGGGAUUAUGGAUACAGGUAAUUUUGAGCAGUUUUUACAAGAACAAAUCAAAGUGAAUGGAAAGGCUGGCAACCUUGGGGGUGGAGUCAUGACCACUGAGAGAAGCAAGAGCAAGAUCACCAUGACAUCAGAGGUGCCGUUUUCUAAAAGGUAUCUGAAGUACCUGACAAAGAUAUACUUAAAGAAGAACAAUCUUUGA